UAGUGUUUCUUUGCUCAGAGCUAUCAGACAGACUGGUCACUGACGUCUGCAACAAUGAACUUCUGUCGUAUUUUUUAUGCACUGACGUUCUGUGUAAUAUAUGCAACUAUAGCAAGAGGAAAUGAUCUGCGUUGCCAGUGUAUCAUGACUGAAUCCAAAAAGCCACCUUUUAACUUAGUAAAAAACAUCGAGAUCAUUCCAGAAGGACCACACUGUGACAAAGUUCAAGUUAUCCUGACUCUCAAGUCUGACCAGAAGAUUUGCUUGAAUCCAAAUGCCCCAUGGGUGGAAGUCAUUAUAAAGCAUUUAUUAAAGAAACCCAAAGACUCAGUUCAAGUUGGAAAAGCAUAAAGUUGUUUUAGAACUGAACAUAAAUUGAAGAAUUCUCCUACUGUAAUGCAUUCCAUAAGUUCUUGUUUAAGCUGUUACUGUGGCAUACGUUUCAGUCAUAAUUAUUUUAAGGAAAGAGUUGUAUGCUAAUAAAUUUGAUAUGCAAAUUAACAUUCUGUCUUGCUUCAGUUCUGCUUUUACAUUAGUCAAUUUGAUGAAUGUUGUAAAAUUAAAAUCUCAAAAUAUUAAUUUUUUUCUGGAUAUUAUGCAGUCCGUUUGGAUAUUAAAAUAAGAAACUCCAGGUAAUGUUGCUUAAAUUCUUUCAUUUAUACUCACCUUGUUUUUUUUGUAGUUUUUAAGUGCAACAGCAAUUUAAACUGGUUUAAAGCUUUCAAACGUGUUUCACAUUAUCAUAGUAAGUAUAUUUUGAAAAAUAAAAUGCUUUCAUUUGACAA